AAGUGUUUGUAGGGUAGUUCUUUGGCGGCGGACUCCCAAGCGGAAGUUGCUUUCCUUGCUGAGACGGCUGUGGGGGAGGAGCCGUCCGAGGGAACGUGGGUUGAACGUUACGGGUAGAUGGUGUGGAUCUCAAGCUGGAACAGGAGUUCGGACUCAUUGUAUACAAAGAAGUGUGCUUCGGGCAGGGUUCAUUGAAAAAUCCUUAGUGAUUUUGACAUGUUCCAAGUGACAUAAAUUAGCCAAUGACUCGGAAUGACGGAUGACUCUCUGAAGAUUGGAAAUGGUUUGCCACUGGUUGGACCAGGGACUGAUAUAGGGAUAUCUUCACUCCCCAUGCUGGGGUACUUGGGAAAAAAUUAUGCUUCAGCUAAAGUUCCAGCAGACGGGUAUUGCCCUACUUGUAGAGCGAAAGGAAAGCUAAACACCUUAAAAACUUACCGCAUCAGCUUCCAAGAAUCUAUCUUUUUGUGUGAGGAUCUUCAGUGCAUUUAUCCUUUGGGCUCUGAGUCACUUACUAACUUAAUUUCUCCUGAUUCGGAAGAUUGUCACACUCCAAAUAAGCCUCAAAAAAGAAAGAGAUUGGAAGCCAACUGUAAGAAUUCAUCUCUUCCAGUACAUUCUAAAAAGACUAGAGGUCACCUUGUCACUGACAGUGACCAGAUUGUGAACGGUGAAUGUAAUGGAGAAGUGUGUGGUGACUUCUCAGCCAGCUUCCCAGGUGACAGUGCUCACCAGGAUCCCGUCAGGACAGCUGCUUCUGUGGGGCAGAAUGGGACUUUGGAAGCCGAUGGUAACGUGGUCAUGGCUACUGCAGAAGAUCCUGCUGCAGUUGGUGUCACACCGGAGCUGGAAAUGCCGUCUAAGAGCAGAUGUUUAUCACUUUGCCAGCCUCUCUGUGUCCAGUGGAGAAACACUCAGGCGCUGUGCUGGUUAGACUGUAUCCUCUCGGCCCUGGUGCACCUGGAGGUGUUGAGGAACACUGUGCUGGAGGUGUGCUCCAGAGAGGAGUGUGUGUUUGGGAGGCUGUUUGAAACCUACCACCAAGCAGAUAAGCUUCUGUACACCCAUCACCUGCAUGGCGUCACAGGUGAAGAUUGUAAAAAAUUGACGACAGAAAUAUUUACAGACAUAGAUACCUCUUUGAAUAAAAUUAGAGAUGAAAUUUUUGCUAAACUUCAGCCUAAGCUUAGAUGCACACUGGGUGACAUGGAAAGUCCUGUGUUUGCACUUCCUGUACUGUUAAAGCUUGAACCCCAUGUUGAAAACCUCUUUACAUAUUCUUUUUCUUGGAAUUUUGAAUGUUCCCAUUGUGGACACCAGUACCAAAACAGGUGUGUGAAGAGUCUGGUCACCUUUACAAAUGUUGUUCCUGAGUGGCAUCCACUCAAUGCUGCCCAUUUUGGUCCGUGUAACAGUUGCAACAGUAAAUCACAAAUCAGAAAAAUGGUGUUGGAAAGAGCGUCGCCCAUAAUCAUGCUGCACUUCGUGGAAGGUUUGCCCAGGAAGGACCUGCAACACUAUGCCUUCCACUUUGAAGGCAGUCUUUACCAAGUCACCUCCGUCAUACAGUACCGAGCAAAGAACCAUUUUAUAACGUGGACUUUAGAUGCUGAUGGGAGUUGGCUGGAGUGUGACGACCUGAAGGGUCCGUGUGCUAAAAGGCACGAGGCCUGUGAAGUGCCGGCAUCAGAGACACAUAUCGUUAUUUGGGAAAGGAAAUCCCAGGUGCCAGUUGAAGAAGCUGCCUGCCUUCCACACAUGAAGCCGCACGAGCAGUCUGUGUCAGGUGAGGAGCAGCCGAGUUCUCUGGCACUGUGUUCUCUGGCUGGGACCGCCACCUCAGAACCCUCAGUCGCCCAUCCUACACCUAUGGCAGUUGCUCCUCAGAUUCUUCCAGCAACCCAAGCUGUAGCUCAUGGAGAUAGUGUCCUUUCAGGAACAGGAAGCUUGGUGGACAGCGUUUCACCCUCUGCACUUGAAGAGACUAUCCAGGAAACUGCCUCUGUUUCUCAGAUUGACUCCAAAGAUUGCCUCUUAGAAGACAAACCUGUGAUAGGAAGUGCAGGACCUGUCAGAACACUGGCUUUUCAGCCGCAGGACUCCCUGGGGUCUUCCUUGGUGUUGAACCUGUGUGAAGGAAUGCUAGUUGCCCCUUGUGUGGAUUCCAGGUUCCCAUCCCAAGCUGUGAGCACAGGUCUGCAGGCAGUACCGUCUCAGGCAGGGGACACAGUGGUUCCUAAACCUGUGACUGAUGCCCCUGUUCCUGUUCUUGUUCAGGAAUUGAAGUCCGUGGCAACUGAGGACUCUCAGACACAGUUGCUGCCACUGAAAACUGACAGGUUAAACCCUGGACAACCACCAGGUAAAACUCAGGCGUCUAAUCUGAGAAAAAGAGAAAACGCAGCGUCUUCUAAACCAGUAGCAGCCAGGUCAGCACAGAAUCAGCCUCGGAAGGAUGAGCAGAAGAAGGCCUUCGUGGGAAGUUGGGUGAAGGGGCUGCUGAGCAGGGGCGGUGCGUUUAUGCCACCCUGUGUUUCGGCUCAGAGUAGAGCAGUAACUGACCUGCAGCCCUCCGUGAAAGGAGCCAAUAAUUUUGAUGGCUUUAAAACGAAAAGUAUAAACCGCAGGUCUAAAAGGAUGUCCAGGAAAGCUAAGCAUGUGGAGGAGGCAUCUCCAGGCAGCAGCCCUCCACUGUCGGGCAGCACGGCUGCUCUGCCGCAGGCCGCUGGGAAUGCCUCCUCAGCCCUGUUGAAGGAGCAGGAAGGCUCACGUCCAGCUCCCCUCAGCCACAGACCUCCCAGUGAUGAAAGCGCCAUGUCUCCAGCAGGCCGUGCAGAGGCAGCUGAAGAUGAGGUUCAUAAGCUUCGGCUCAGACUUCUUAAAAAGCUAAAGGCAAAAAAGAAGAAACUCGCGGCCCUCAUGUCUUCCCCACGCUGUGAACCGCCUGUAAGCGACCAUUCAGAGUCUGCGUCCCACUGUGGAUCUCCGAAUGACUGUGACGCAGUAGAAGAUCUGCUCAGAGAGCUACAGUACCAGAUUGACCUUGCAGACAAGUCUGGGUGCACCUCUGCUCCCGACGCUCCGGACGGCACCUCAUGCAACAGCCAGAGUCAUGAGGAGAUUUUAGCAGAGCUGCUGUCGCCCACAGCCCUGUCAGAGCCCUCAGAAAGUGGAGAGCCUGAGUUGAGGUACUUGGAAAUGGGGGACAACAGCACCCCAACACCAGCACCUAGCGAAUUCAGUGCUGUUUCCCAGAACACAUGUCUGAAACAGGACCAUGAUUACUGCAGCCCUGAGAAAAGCCAGUGUGAGGUUGAUCUGCAUUCAGUCAUCGACAGUGCCUGUGUAAGAGCCUUGAACCUGGGGAGUCCCAUGAAGACUGACAUUUUUGAUGAUUUUUUUCCUACUUCAGCAUUGAAUUCUUUAACAAAUGACACAUUGGACAUACCUCAUUUCGAUGACUCUCUGUUUGAGAAUUGCUGAGUGCAUGCUGGUGUCGUCGUUUAGUCCUGACCGCUGCUGCUAGGAGGCUGAGCUGUGGGUAGUGCUGGCUGAAGUGCACAGCCUUGUGCUCCAGCCAUGGGGAAGCUGUGAACUACUGAGUCUUCCUCUGGUUCUGCCUGUGAGACAUGGGAUCUCUGUAAAUUAAAGUCCUCAGACAAGUUUCUGUC